AUGGGGCGAGGAUCCGUCGGGUGGGAUAUCUUGGGCUUCCUGCCGACCGAGCUGGUGCUCGACCUCGGCUCGCUUGAGCUCAUGGACGAACGUGAGCCACUUCCAGGCGUAGAGCGAUGGAACCAUUUCGUCGGACGCGAGAGAAACGACGCGAAGCUACCCGAGGGUGAAACUGAACGCGACGAGGGAGACGGGGUACCUCCGGGAGACAGGCCAAAGCCCAACUGA